AUGGAAUUUGAGAUUUUUGUUAAAGAAGGGUAUCAUUCUAGACAUGCUGUCCUUUAUGAUGCCAAAAGUUGGUCAGACCAUAAGAGGCGUCAAUUAGCUGAUAGAUUAUCUCGACAAGAAUUAGCUGAAAAACAAUUACAGCAAGAGUUAGCUGAAAGACAGAAAUGUGUCCUUUUAAAUAUUCAAAGACAGAAGGGAUUUCAUCAGAUC